AUGGACGCGACCAUCUACCAGAUCAUCUUCGGGGAGCUCGGGGACCUGAACUGUAGUUUGAUGGAAGCCUUCCAGGACACUUUUUUGGAAAACGCUUCAUUGUCAUUGCUGAGCACUGAUGGUUUUUAUUGCAACGCCACCACCGAUGAGAUUGGGACGUGCUGGCCGCGGACCAGCACCGGCAGGAUCGUGGAGAGACCCUGUCCUGAGUACAUCAACGGGGUGAAGUACAACACAACCAGGAUUGCUUACAGGGAGUGCAUGGAUAAUGGGACGUGGGCGUUGAGGAGCAAUUACUCCAAUUGCGAGCCUAUCUUGGAGGAAAAGAGGAAGUAUCCGAUGCAUUAUAAAGUGGCGCUGAUCAUCAACUACCUUGGCCACUGUAUCUCUGUGGGAGCUCUGGUCGUGGCCUUCAUUCUCUUCUUGUGCUUAAGGAGCAUUCGAUGUCUUCGAAACAUCAUCCACUGGAAUUUGAUCACCACCUUCAUCCUGAGGAAUGUUAUGUGGUUUUUGCUUCAGUUGAUAGAUCACAAUAUUCAUGAGAGCAACGAGCCUUGGUGUCGGUUAAUAACGACAAUAUACAACUACUUUGUGGUGACCAACUUUUUUUGGAUGUUUGUUGAAGGAUGUUACCUCCACACAGCCAUCGUAAUGACUUAUUCCACCGAUAAGCUCAGGAAGUGGGCUUUCCUCUUCAUCGGCUGGUGUAUUCCCUUUCCUAUAAUAGUAGCCUGGGCCAUUGGAAAGUUGUACUACGAAAACGAACAAUGUUGGUUUGGUAAAGAACCUGGAAAAUAUAUGGAUUAUAUUUAUCAAGGACCAGUUAUUCUUGUUCUUCUGAUAAAUUUUGUUUUCCUCUUCAACAUAGUGAGAAUUCUUAUGACCAAACUACGAGCUUCUACUACGUCUGAGACGAUACAAUACAGAAAAGCUGUGAAAGCAACACUGGUCCUGCUUCCUCUGCUGGGCAUCACCUACAUGCUCUUCUUUGUCAAUCCGGGGGAGGACGACAUCUCACAGAUCGUUUUCAUCUAUUUCAACUCCUUUCUACAGUCGUUUCAGGGGUUCUUCGUGUCCGUGUUCUACUGCUUUCUAAACGGAGAGGUGCGUUCAGCGGUAAGGAAGCGCUGGCACCGUUGGCAGGACAACCACGCUCUCCGAGUGCGAGUGGCACGAGCCAUGUCCAUCCCCACGUCUCCGUCCAGGAUCAGCUUUCACAGCAUCAAACAGACCACAGCCGUGUGA